AUGGUUGAUCAGAAUAAUCAAGAUAGUAGUAGCAUAUUGAGACAAGUGACCUCAUUAGCUUCAUAUGCUGUUGUUCAAGAUUGUAUUGGUGCAAUUGAUGGAACACAUAUACGUGUUAAAGUUUCACAAUAUGAAGUACCAAAAUAUCGUGGGAGAAAAGAUUAUCCAACUCAAAAUGUACUAGCUGCAUGUACAUUUGAUUUAAAAUUUACAUAUGUGUUAGUUGGGUGGGAAGGUACAGCAUCUGAUUCAAAAAUCAUGAAAGAAGCACUAAAUAGCCAAGAUCCACUAAAAAUUCCAGAAGGCUUAUUACACCUUACCGGGGGGAGCAAUCACUUGAAAGAGUAUUCAAGAAAUCCACCCCAAAAUUCUCGUGAAUUGUUUAAUUUAAGACAUGCUUCUUUGCGUAAUGCUAUCAAACGAGCAUUUGGAGUUCUUAAAAAGAGAUUUCCUAUAAUUUCUAGCUCAACCGAAUCAUCAUAUGGAAUUGAAACCCAAAAGUUGAUUAUAUUUGUCUGUUGUGCCUUGCACAACUAUUUAAGAGGUGUAGAUCCAAAUGAUGAGUUACUUGAUCAAGUUGAUGCAGAGCUUAUGAAUGAUAAUACUGUGCAUAAAGAACCUUCAAAUUCUAGGGAGAGUAAUGGAGAAUUUAGAAGGGGGAGUUGA